AAACGAGUGUGGCUAAAACGUGCUGCUGUUGGCCCAAAAGUCACGCCCGUCGCGUCCUGGGGAAGCGAGCCGUGAGGCAUUCCUACUACUUAAGGCCCGCACGGCGAGCUGGCGGCUACACUCCACGCCACCGCGAAGCGCAGACCAUGGUGCUUCGAACGAUGCAAGCCGUGCUCAUUGCACUCACCGUGCUGGCCACCCUACACGCCACGGCCGCCGCCCCCUUGGGUUUUGAUUUCAACGAUGGGGAUCGACGUGACUCCGAGAUCCAGCGCGAGCGGAGAGUGUCCACCGACCACGACUUCAGCAGUGGUCUCCUGGGAGACUCCGAAGGACACUCCAGCUCCUCCUUCACCAAGGUCACCGAGGAAUCAGACUCAAGCGGUCACUUGGGAGGUAGGGAGCGUCUCGGUGGCGAAGGCAUCCAAACGAGCGAAAUAGUCAUCAUAAAGAAGUUCAGAACCUCCGGCAUUGAGGACGGAGGCUACGCAGAUCCGAACGGUAGUGAGGGCAGCCAAACCAGCAAAACUGUCAUUACGAAGAAGUCCCAAAGCUCCGGCUUUUCCGGCAUCGGAGACGAAGGCUACGCUGAUUCGAUCGGUCGUGACAGUAGCCAAUCCAGCAAAACUGUGACUAUUGAGAAGUCCGAAAACUCAGGUUUUUCUGGUUAUGGGGCGGAUAGUCUCUCCGAUCCGAUCAGCCAUGGGGACAGCAGCCAAACUAGGAAAUCUGUGACCAUCGAGAAGUCCGAAUCCUCUGACUUUUCUGACAGAGACGGGAGUUACAUUGACCCAAUCAGCGAUGAAAGCAGCAGCCAAUCCAAGAAAUCUGUUACUGUUGUGAAGUCGGAAUCCUCGAACGUUUCUGGUAGGGACAGGACUUUCUCUGACCCAAUCGGUUUUGAAGGAAGAAGCCAAGUGGAGAAAUCUGUGACCAUCGAGAAGUCCAAAUCCUCUGACUUUUCCGACAGAGACGGGAUUUACUCUGACCCAAUCAUCCAGGAGGGCAGCAGCCAAUCUAAGAAGAGUGUGACUGUCGAGAAAUCCCGAACCACCGAGCUAGGAGACCGAACUUACGAUGAUCCAAUCGAUUCUGAAAGCAGCAGCCAAUCUAGGAAAUCUGUAAGUAUUCAGAAGUCCGAAUCCUCCGAAUUUUCCGGCAUUGGAGAUGGUCUCUACUCUGAUCCAGCCAGUCGCGAGGGCAGCAGCGAAGUGAAAAAGUCUGUGACAAUUGAGAGGUCCAAAUCCUCUGACUUUUCCGGAAUUGGAGAUGAUCACUACUCUGACCCAUCCAGUCGUGAGGGCAGCAGCGAAGUGAAAAAAUCUGUGACAAUUGAGAGGUCCGAAUCCUCUGACUUUUCCGGCUUUGGAGAUGGUCACUUCUCUGACCCAGCCAGUCGCGAGAGCAGCAGCGAAUUUAAGAAAUCUGUGACUGUAGAGAAUUCUGAAUCCUCUGACUUUUCCGGCAUUGGAGGCGAAAGAUACUCUGACCCAAUCAGUCAUGGAAGCAGCAGCCAAGUGGAGAAAUCUGUGACCAUCGAGAAAACAGAAAACGCAGGCUAUUCUGGCCUCGGAGGCGGAAGCUACGCUGACCGUUUGGGUCGUGAGGGCAGCAGCCAGACUAGCGAAACCGUGGUCGUCGAGAAGUCAGAGCAGUCUGGCUCCUCCGGCUUUGGCGAGUGGGGCUACUCCGACCCGAUCAAGCGUGAAAGCAGCAGUACCAGCGAAACCGUGACCGUCGAGAAGUCGCAGAACUCCGACCGAAGCAGUCGACUCGGUGGUCACGAGCACCGCGGCAUCUUGGGACCCAUCGGUGCCGCCGUUGAUCACUUAUUGGUUGGGUGACACUGAGCAAGAGGCCCGUGAGAAACGAAAGCGGAUAUUCCAUAAGACAAAAUAAAAACAUCAAAUAAAACCUUACUGUAA